UAUGUAACAGUCCGUUUCAUGGGUUUAUUGUUUCUCCUCUCUAUUCCUCUUUAAUUUUCAUUCAUUUUCUUAUGAAGAAAUUAGAAAAUGGACCACUGAUGAAGAAGGAAACAAACAUAUUUUGAUCGAAGCAUCUUGAUCUCUAUCUUUCUUUCCAGAAAAUAUACAUUUAUCUUAGAAAAGAAACAAAAAAAAGUUAGAGAAAUAUCAUGUGAUUUCUGGUUGAUAGUUGGUAAGCGUGGCUAUAAAAGAAAGUAGUUUCCUGAGAAAAUUAUAUAGGUAGGGAGAAGAAAAGCAGUGAUUAUCUCGGGAAAAAUUUUCACUUACAAAGAGAAGUAAAAGACAAGAGAAAGAAGGCCAAGUGGGUUUGGUUCUUAGUGAGAAUUGGAAGAUUUAAGAAAAUAGAAAAAAAUCAAUGGAAGCAAAAGGAGGAAAUAUGAGUAUGAAGUCAUUAGAGAGACUGGUUUCAGAGAAAGCAUUAAAGCUUGGAAAUUCAUUUCCAUGUCAAAUCUGUGUUGUUGGGUUCCUCUGUGGAAUCUGUCUCACUUCACUCUUCUUAGCUGCUCUCACUUCCCUUGGCACCUUCGAGCUCGCUUCCUUCUCCUUCUCCUCUGCUUUUCCUCCCUGCAAUUCCACAUCUCAAAUCGUCAAUAUGGUUGCAAGCAUAGACCACCGUAAAUUGAAAUGGAAGAGCAAAGCUGAUACAGAAGAAACUGAUGAUGAUCAGGUAAAACUUUUGGUCUCUACUUGGGACAACUUAUUACUAAACAAUGAAGACUACUUCAAGAAACUAGGGAUGAACAAAUCUGAUGUCCCAAGAGCUCCACAUUUGGAGAACUGUGAAGAGAGUACACGAGUUAAAGAGCAUUUAGAUACACAGACAACGAAUCGGACAGUUCCUCCUUGGAUCAAUGGAGGAGAUGAGGAGAAUUAUCCAUUAACGAGGAGAGUGCAAAGAGAGAUAUGGAUUCAUCAGCAUCCUCUGGACUGUGAAAACAAGAAUCUCAAGUUCCUCGUGGCUGAUUGGGAAACGCUUCCUGGUUUCGGAGUCGGAGCUCAGAUCGCUGGAAUGACUGGUCUUCUCGCGAUCGCUAUAAACGAAAACAGAGUGCUCGUUGCAAACCACUAUAACCGAGCAGAUCACGACGGUUGCAAAGGUUCUUCUCGAGGAAGCUGGUCUUGCUAUUUUCUACCGGAAACAUCUCCAGAGUGUCGGAAACGCGCGUUUGAGGUGAUGAAGAAGAGGGAAGCGUGGGAGAGUGGGAUUGUUACAGGGAAACAAAACUACAGCACAAAGGAGAUUUGGUCUCGUCAUAUACCAAAGCUAUGGGGAAAGCCUUGGACUUACAUGAAGCCCACGACAGAUAUCAACGGAAGUUUAAUCUCCGGUCACCGGAAAAUGGAUCGGAGAUGGUGGAGAGCACAGGCAGUGAGAUACUUGAUGAGGUUUCAAACGGAAUACACUUGCGGUUUGAUGAACGCUGCUCGACAUUCCGCGUUUGGAGAAGAAGCUGCAGAGAUUGUUGUCUCCAGUGUAGGAGACUGGAGAAACAAGAACAAGAAGAAGAAGAUUAUUAGGACAGAGAUUGAGGAACACGUGUGGUCGAAUCACAAGCCGUGGAUCCCGAGGCCGAUGCUGAGCGUGCACGUGCGGAUGGGAGACAAAGCGUGUGAGAUGAGAGUCGCAGCUUUGGAAGAGUAUAUGCGUUUAGCUGAUCGGAUCAGAGACAGGUUUCCUGAGCUCAACAGGAUCUGGCUCUCUACGGAGAUGAAGGAAGUUGUGGAGAAGAGCAAGGAUUAUGGACAAUGGAGAUUCUAUUACACGAAAGUGGCGAGACAAGUCGGUAAUAAAUCGAUGGCUGAGUAUGAAGCGAGCCUAGGGAGAGAGACGAGCACUAAUUAUCCUCUGGUUAACUUCUUAAUGGCGUCGGAAGCUGAUUUCUUCGUCGGAGCAUUGGGUUCCACUUGGUGUUUCCUCAUCGACGGUAUGAGGAAUACCGGUGGUAAAGUCAUGUCCGGUUAUCUCAGUGUCAAUAAAGACCGUUUCUGGUAACUUUCGCUAAUGUACAGAACUUAGUUUUAAGUCCUCUCCUUGUUUCUUCAUCUGUUGUACAAAGAGUUUCCAGUAUAAUAAAGGAAAGGUUUUUUUA